CAUUUUUGUGGUGCGGGUGGAACAUCGGUUGUCAUCUCUAAAAUAAACCACAAAUUACACCAAAUUUGGCCGCUAAGUUCCCUUUUCACAAAAGGAGUCGAUAACUGGUAUCACGAGGAAAGGCCUCAACAACAAAAAAGGGCAGUGGUCCAUCGACAAUGGUGGAAAAAGUCGAAGCAAAGGAACUCGAUCAAUGGAUUGAGCAACUGAACGGAUGCAAACAACUUUCAGAAAACCAAGUCAAAACACUUUGUGAAAAGGCAAAAGAAAUCCUUUCAAAAGAAUCAAAUGUGCAAGACGUGAAAUGUCCAGUGACGGUAUGUGGGGAUGUCCAUGGUCAGUUCCACGACCUGAUGGAACUGUUCCGUAUAGGAGGACGUUCUCCAGACACAAAUUACCUUUUCAUGGGAGACUAUGUUGACAGAGGCUAUUAUUCUGUAGAAACUGUAACACUUUUAGUAGCAUUAAAGGUUCGAUACCCACAGAGAAUAACAAUCCUACGUGGAAACCAUGAAAGUAGACAAAUCACUCAAGUAUAUGGUUUUUAUGAUGAAUGUUUAAGAAAGUAUGGGAAUGCGAAUGUAUGGAAAUAUUUCACCGAUCUGUUUGAUUAUCUACCAUUGACAGCUUUAGUAGAUGGACAGAUUUUCUGUUUACAUGGUGGUUUGUCCCCAUCCAUAGAUACAUUAGAUCAUAUAAGAGCAUUAGACCGUAUACAAGAAGUACCGCAUGAAGGUCCAAUGUGUGAUUUGCUGUGGUCAGAUCCGGAUGACCGAGGCGGCUGGGGUAUUUCUCCUCGAGGUGCUGGCUACACCUUUGGGCAGGAUAUAUCUGAAACGUUUAAUCACACUAACGGCUUGACACUGGUGUCAAGGGCCCAUCAGCUGGUGAUGGAAGGCUAUAACUGGUGUCAUGACAGAAACGUGGUCACUAUAUUUAGUGCACCCAAUUACUGUUACCGCUGUGGCAAUCAAGCUGCCAUCAUGGAAUUAGACGACGCUCUCAAGUACUCCUUCUUGCAGUUUGACCCAGCACCAAGGAGAGGAGAGCCCCAUGUUACCAGACGAACGCCUGAUUACUUCUUGUAAAUUAAUCAAUAUGCAACGAAUGACACAAGAUGGAGACCAUUUAAUAAUGCGAACCAUCAUGCUGUCAAUGUUUGAAUGUUGAUUAAAAGGACAUGCAGUGAACAAAUAAUUGUAUCCAUGGAGGUUAGAUGAACCAUUAUGUAAGCAAUAGUUAGAGUUGAUUGGAUUGUGUUGAACUUUUCAUUUCAUCGACGCAACAGUCUGCCCUGACUAUAUACGCAUAAUCAAACAUCUGUACUUAGGUACAUAAGUUGUAAUUAUAGAUAAGUGCCGAAGAAGUGUAGAAAUGACAUUGUGUCUAUGUUAUUUGUACAGAACUCUUAACUGUGUUUGUAUUUCACUUUAGUUAGAUAUCCCUUUCAAAACAGUUAGCUAACGCAUCCUUAGAGCAACUGAUUGUAACAACGCCGUGCAACUAUGUGUCAGUUGUCAGGAAGUUUGAUUCUCUGCACGACAUAUACUGUUACCUGUAUGUUUAUGUUCGGUUUUGGUUUAAUGUUCAUUUGUCAUUAGAUAGGUUCUUGCAAUCUAAAUUCGGACAGCCUGUCUGUUAAGUAGAUCAACCGAAUUCAAUUUGCGCAGACUUUGUACAACUUACUUUUUGGGUUGGUAGUUGAGUUUAGUAUCUUUUAGUUGUGUCCAUGUACCAGCAUUACUCAACAGCUGUCGGAGUCUAUGUGUAGAUAUUUGGACGUGACAUUUGAUACAUGGUGUACUAAAUCCGUGUUGUGUGUCACAGCUGUUUAAUUUGGUCAGAUUUGAUUUGUGUUUCACCUUCUAGCCGCAUGUAAUCCUUGGUUUGGUCUUCAACCUCCCUCAAAAGACACCUUCUGCAAGCAUGACAGAAUUGAUGAUUCAAGUUAUUUCUAGAAUCUUGUGUAAUUGAGUGAAUGGGACCGGCUUCGAUUUUUUUAAAGCCCAGGGCUGUAUAAAUUCAGAGACGGCUUUGCAUUCACUAAUUUCAAAGAACAAAUUUCUGUCAAUCAUCUUUAUCACAAUGUGGUGUUUGUCAUUUGCCAAAAUGCUGCUAUAUUUUGCAGUUAGUUACAUCACCUCUUGUUAAUUUCAGUCCUUCUGCUAUAAUUUGCUUGAACCUUUGUGUAUCGAUUUCGUCCUGUUCACCAUUUUUGUGGACACUUUGAUCAUACCAGGGCACUCUAUAAACAUCACUGUAUUGUCACUACAAAAUAUGAUGUAAUCUAUAUUGUCUGUAACAUAGUGGUCUGAAUUUGAAAUUGAAUUUCAGAAACUGGACAAUUUCUUAAUAGUAUGUAACAACAUUUUAGUUUCAAAUCUGGGACGUUCAUUAUCAAUGCCCUUUCAAAUGACUUAUGAUGUGAAGGAUUAAACUAUCUUGCACUUGUAAUGAAAAGUGAUUCUUUUUCCAUCUUGGCCCUAUCGCUAUCUGGGACACUUUCUUUAGAUGUUGGUCAAUUUAGCACACAGUUGUGUCUGUUUGCAGUGAAUCUUUUAUUAACAUGGAUCUCGUGCAUUUAUUUUUUCCAAGACCAGAAAACGUGUCACUGUAUACCAAGCAAAUUCUUGUGCUAAUAAUGGAUGUCCUGAGAACAGAUCUUUGUUGUCUUAUUUUGUGUUGUUCAUAAAAUAUCAUAUACAUUAUACAUCAGACUCGGUCAUUCAGUUUGUUACGUAUUUUGUAUUUGGCUAAUGUAAUAGCCAUUCUGGUUGAACCUUGACAUCUUGGUACAAGUGGGCUCGGUGACAUGUCAUCUGUUAUUUAUUCCACAAGAUGUACAGACUGUCAACUGGUCAGUCGUUAUAAAACACAAUUAACCUUAUUGUUCCCCUCCAUCUACUCCAAUCUCGUCAAAAUUUAACUAAACUAGAACUGUUUUCCUAAUCUUUUUAGUACGGUAAUCUUUCCGCAGUCUGAACUGAAUAUUCUCCGCAAGGUUUUGGUAAUCGACAGCCUGUCCAAUGUACCUCCCAUUUGUAAAUAGAAAGUCUGUGCAUUAACAAUAUAGAUCCUGUCUCUUUGUCGUGGAAUGGUUGCACUAGGUAAAAUCACUUGCUAGACAUAUUUUGCUUUGAGAAAUAUUGAUACGACAGAAUUUGAUGAAAUAUUGAAACAAGAAUAUCAACUCUAUCUGUUGGGUGUGGAACAACCAAAGGGACCACUGAGAAUUUUGUUAUCAGUGCAUUAAUACACAGGUAUAUAAAAUAAAUAAAUUGUUAGGACAAUGCUUUCUCAUGCUUUCAAAAUGCUGAUAAUGAUCACCAUGUCUUGAUAACAUAAAGAUUUUAAUUUUACACGAGAAAAGAUUGCAAAUUGGAUUCUAUCAAACAAAGCUAUCAUUUACUUAUUGCAACUAAAUUUUAAUCAUUUGGACUUUUUUUUCUGCAUUUGCUGUAAUAUUUCUCCUUUCAAUGGUAAAGGCCUACUGGUAUUCAUAAGAAAAAGACGACUGCAAUCGUUUAAACCCAUUCAAGUCACUAUUGACCUUAUCAUACUUAUAUAAAGACACUGUAAAAUGUUUGGUAGGAAUUGAUAUAACAGGUUUCCAGUAUGUAUUUCAAGCAAGAAAUCGUGUUCAUUUCCUUCAGUUGAAGAUGCAGUGCUUUGUGAAGAUGACAAUGGCACAGGAGCCCAGCAUUGCAGGUUAGCUAAGGAAAUAACAAAUUCAGAAUGUAAUUUUUAUGCAAAAUGUUGAGAAUAAUAAACGCCCUUACAUUUACCAUGUA